AUGACAGAUUACAUGAGCAAAUCUCACGGAUGUUUUACUCGAGAUUCCGCCAUGAAUGUCGCUUCUUCUCGGGGCGUCUCUUCACAUCUUCCAUAUUAUGGUAAACCCAUUUGUUCAUCACAGUCGUCGUUGAUUCGGAUUCCACGAGAUAAAGGAUAUAGUUUUGCUCGUAUUUCAAAUGGAUUGGCGAGCUUGAGUACUUCACUUCAUGCUGCUCCGAGAGGAAACUUUACUGGUGUACAAUGGUGUAACCGCUCUUCAAGAUGUGAUCCGUACAAAGUUCAUGACAAGAAAUCAUUGAGAUUAAGUGAAUCGCCAAGAAACAUCACUGUGAAAUCGGAUCUUUCAGGAGCUGCAACCCCUGAGUCUUCUUCUUCUCCAAAACCAGAGAUUAAGCUGAGCUCAAGACUCAGAGGGAUAUGCUUUUGUAUCGUCGCUGCCAUCUCCGCCACUUUCCUCAUCGUCCUCAUGUUCAUCGGACAUCCUUUCGUCCUCCUCUUCGACCGCUACAGGAGAAAAUACCAUCACCUCAUUGCUAAAAUCUGGGCUUCCAUAAGCAUUUUUCCGUUCUACAACGUCGACAUUGAAGGUUUGGACAAUCUGCCGUCUUCAGACACUCCUGCUGUGUAUGUAUCAAACCACCAAAGCUUCCUGGAUAUAUACACACUUCUCAGCCUCGGCAAAAGCUUUAAGUUCAUCAGCAAGACUGGGAUAUUCGUGAUUCCUAUCAUCGGUUGGGCCAUGUCCAUGAUGGGUGUUGUUCCCUUGAAGCGUAUGGACCCAAGAAGCCAAGUGGAUUGCUUAAAACGCUGCAUGGAACUCGUUAAGAAGGGAGCAUCAGUCUUCUUCUUCCCGGAAGGAACUCGGAGUAAAGAUGGUCGGUUAGGUCCUUUCAAGAAAGGUGCAUUUACGGUAGCGGCGAAGACCGGAGUUCCAGUGGUUCCGAUAACGCUGAUGGGAACGGGAGAGAUCAUGCCGACGGGAAGUGAAGGAAUACUGAACCAUGGGAAUGUGAGAGUUAUCAUCCAUAAGCCGAUACAUGGAAGCAAAGCGGAUGUUCUUUGCAACGAGGCCAGAAACAAGAUUGCAGAAUCUAUGAAUCUCUUGAGCUGA